CUUGAAGUGCCGCCGGGGGCGGUGUCAGGCGCGCGAUCGAGUGGGUGAAGGAGCGCGCGUGCGCGACCCGCCUGACGGACGGGGACGCUCAAGGGCGCAUGCGCAGCGCCGCCGCGCCUCAAGUCAGCUUGCCGAAGUCGGCCCGCCCGAGUGGGAGUCCGGGAGCAGCGGAGCGCGCGCCUGCGAGUGGGGCUCGCGCCCCCCACACCGCCUCAGUGGUCCGAAAAUGGCGGAGGGCAACGGCGCCGCCACGGGCCCCGAGACCCUCGCCGCCUCGCCUCCGCCUCUGCCGCCCCUGAGGGGGCUCCGAGAGAAGAUGGUCGCUGCAGCCCAGGUGUUAGCAGAAGAAAGAAGAAGCCAAAGUGGUGCUAGUCCUGUUCCACUCCAAUCUCCAGCUGGUAUGAAAUCUUCAACCAGGCCAGUGAUCGAUGGUUCCACUUUGAGAACAGAAGAGAGACAAAGGCUGGCCAGGGAACGGAGAGAGGAGCGCGAGAAGCAGCAAGCUGCCAAAGAAACUCAGAUAUUGGAAAAGGAGAAGAAGGCCAAGCUACAGUAUGAGAAGCAAAUGGAGGAGAGGCAGAGACGACUGAAGGAACAGAAGUUGAAGGAGCAACAAAGGAGAGUAGCAGUAGAGGAAAAGCGGAAACAGAAGCUGGAGGAGGACAAGGAGCGCUAUGAGGCGGUGCUGCAUCGCACCCUGGAGCGGAGCCAGCGGCUGGAAACUCGACAGAAGAGAUGGUCCUGGGGCGGCUCUGUGACUGAUUCAGACGGCAAGCCAGAGUCGCCAAUUCCAGAUGAAGGCAGCAAGCGCUCUACCUCCUCAGCAAACCUUAAGCAAGCAGAAACUGUCAUCAAUAAGCGCCUUUCAUCCUCAGCAGCACGUCUGAAUUCUCCCAGCAAGGGCUCAACUAAAAGAAGUUCUUCAUUAAACAGACUGAAUAACAAAGUUCCUCUGAAUUCUGAGCAGCCAGAAUCCAAAGGUUUGCAAGCAGAGCAGAAAGCUCGCCGUUCCCAGGUCAGUCCUAUGGAGAGCAACGUGCUCAGCCGCCUGCUUACCCCCACCCAGGCCUCCCUAGCUAGGAGUAAAAGUGCCGCCACUUUAUCAGCUGAUGGCCAAGAUCCCUCAGCUCCUGGCAGUGCUGUCAGUUCCCCGGCCCACGCACCCAAAGUGCCCAUGCGCAGCCGCAGCACAGACCGACUGAAGGCGGCCGGCUCUCCGUUGGGAAACGUUUCGCCAGAAAUGGCGCAGAAAUCGGAGCCCGCAAAGCAGCCCUCGUCUACCAGUAGACGCGCUCCGUCGCCAUCUUUGCCCAGUCCCAGGCGGUCUCCCUCUCCUGCCAACGUGGGUAAACGCGCUCCGUCUCCAGCCGCAAUCAGACAAAAGUCUCAUCCAAGUUCACCCAAAAGACAGUGGCCACCAUCUCCUGUUUUGGUCUCCAAACCAGCACCAAUUCAGCGCCCGUCCAUCACCCCGAACGUCCUUAACGUUGCCAAAAAGCAAAGUGACCCAGUGUGCCGACCAAAGGAGAGGUUGGAGGAUCCCGAGGGUCAGGAUCCUGGCCCGGCGGCCAUGCUGCACCCCUCCUCGGAGAGAGAACUGGCUGCAGCUGCUCCAAAGACCAAAGAAGAUGCAAGUAGCAAAACCACUCUGGCAACCACCACGGCCGAAGAGGCGGCGAGGAUCUUGGCCGAGAAGCGCCGUCUUGCAAGGGAGCAGAGGGAGCGCAAAGACCAGGAGAGAGCUCAAAGAGAAGAGGAAGAAAGGAUCAGAAAGGAAGAAGUCGCCAAGCAAGCCCUUGAGAAGCAGGCCCAGCUGGAAGAGGCCCUCCAGGAACUGGAAGACGAGAGGAGGGCAGGGGAAGAGGAGCCGCAAAGGCAGGCCGAGCAGGAGGAGCAGGAGAAGAUAGCCGAGCUCCAGCUUCAGCGUGAAGAGGCCGAGGCAAAAGCUCUGGAGGAAGCCGAGAAGCAGCGUCAGGAACGGGAGCAGAUUGUGCAGCGGAACAAGCAAGAGCGGCUAGAGAGGAAAAAGAGAAUAGAAGAAAUAAUGAGGAGGACCCGGAAGGCAGAGCAGAACGACGCCAAGAACGACGACAAGUCCAAUGAGGAGGAUGAAGGCGUUGAAGAAGAUGAGGAGCUGGGCCUCGAAAAGCAAGAUCAGCCUGAAAAGGCAAAAUAUGACUCCUCCCUCGAAGACGGUCCAGAGGCUGUGUGCGAUUUGGCCGCGUCGGAAGACGGAUCAAAAAUGGAACCGGACAGUGUCUUUGUAAAUGGGGAUGAUGAGGAGGAGGUUGACCAGAGGAACGACGAUGGUGGUGGGAAUUCGAUGUAUUUGACUCAGGUGAAAGAAGCUAGUCCUCCAGCAAAGGAAACGGUUGUUGAGAACUCUGAAAUCUCGUGCGUUAAUGAAGAGGAUGGCUCAACUGGAUUUCUGUCUAACCUGAAUGGGAAAUCUACGACGUGGAAUUUUGAAGAAAUCAUUGAACUCGGCGUCCAUCCCAAGACAACCAUGGCUGCAGACAAAGCCACCCAGAGCUUGAAAGAUGCCGCUGUUGUACCUGCGAGUCCCAGGCUGGCUUUUGAAGAAGAAAGUCCCGUGAAUUCCUUGACCAAACCGAUAGAGACCGCAUCAGAACUGUGAACACUAGGACCCUGGAAAGAGUCCAGACUCUCCGCUUCAGGAAUUUGGGGUUCCCCCUAAGUCAUAUGAAGGCCUUGUUUUUGGAAAAGCUGCUUGUUGAACCCCCCUCCCCCCGAGUUUGGCGCCGGAAAAGAAGUAAAGUCUACCCCGCCUGACUUUGCACCUUGGAAACCUUUCAGGUAGACUGUUGCUUUAAUGAGUUUUCGUUAGAGGGACUGUUUGAACGCAGGUUUCUCAAAGGGGUGGGAAGGAAACGUUUUCCCUUCCGUGAAUUGUUCAUUAUUCUGUUAGUAGCUUGUAUUGGAGAUUUACCAAAUAUUGUUGCACAGAGCACAGCCAGCCUAAUAAAAUGAAACCUAACCUUUAUUAAA